CGAAGUAGUGUGAGGCGCCGUCUCUUCAACCUCUUGCUCCUCCGCUUAUUUUAUUUUCUGAGGAGGUUUAAUUGUAAAAGUUUUACGGAACCAUAUAUCAUCGCGCGAAAACCCGGAUUCUUCCCGAUUUUCUCUGAAAGAGACUCUGUAGAUUGUAGAAACUGCAACAACAACAACGAGAGAAAGAGCGAAGAUUAGAAAAAAAAAAGCCAGGAGAAAUUGACAGAGUCAAUAAAGGGGGAUAGAUAAUGGAGCCCUAAUGUCCAUCGUUUAUCCUAAUGAGGUUAUGUUUGGAUGGUAGAGACGGUUUUGAGUUACAAUGAGUACACGAAGAAACGGCUUUUCCAAGCAGCAGCGAGGUGAGAAAGUUUGUGGGCCGAAUUGGAUGUUGAUUGCAGGGGGUGCCUUGUUGAGCACUUUGUCCUUCCGCUUUGGUUGGAGACUCAGGCAGUCGUCUCUUGAUUUCAACCCUCCUCAAUCCACUCCCUCCUCUCUUGGUGGAUUCAAAGCCAAUGGAACAUCCGAGAGGGAAAAAUCUCUGGGUUGUUGUUUGCACUCCAACACCUCUUCAUGUCCCCAUAAUGAUGAUUUUUGUUGCUUCCGCUCCAUUCCAGGAACUGAGCAUGUGGAGGGAAAAGAGGAGCAGCCAAACGAGCAAAUAAUAUCUGCAUCUGACACUUCACUGCCUCUUGUGACGCUUCCUGCUCCAUCAUACAGCAAAGAGAACGGGGUCAUGUGGACUUCUUCUCCUGAUCGCUUGGAACUGCCCCCAAAACCAUAUAAUCACCAUUCGACCUGCUCGGACUCUCCUUGCGUAUCUGAAACCAGCUCAGACAUCUUCAGCAAACGAGAUGUAAUGCAGAAACUGAGGCAACAGCUGAAGAGGCGUGACGACAUGGUACUGGAAAUGCAGGAACAGAUUCUGGAGCUGCAAAACUCGUAUAACGCACAAAGGGCACACUCUAGCCAUCUCCAGGCACAGCUAGACUCGAUGAACAGAGAUCUGUUCGAAUCAGAAAGAGAAGUUCAGAGACUGAGAAAAGCAAUCGCUGAUCACAGCUUGGGUAGCAACGGCAAGACAUCUCCUGUUGGACCUUGGAGUAACGGGUUUAUGGAGAGCGAGAACAAUUAUGAGUCAGCGGAAACGAGAUCAAAGGAGGGAGAGAGAAUAGAGAUGUUGAGAAAGGAAGUGGAAGAGCUUAAAGAAGUGAUAGAUGGGAAGGAGUAUCUACUAAGGAACUAUAAAGAGCAGAAGACUGAGCUUUCGGUGAAGGUGAAAGAGUUGCAGCAGAGAUUGGACUCACACUUCCCAAACAUAUUGUAGGGUUUUUUUUAAGAGUUAGGGCAUUGUGCAUUCUUGCUAGUUGAUUCUCUUCUUUUGGCUUUUGGUACUUUCUGCUUCUUAGAGAAAAUGAACGAUGAUGCACUAAAGAUCGAUCAUCUUUGGAGUCUCUCACUCUGGAGUAAUAUUUUCAGGUUAUUCUCCCUCUCUCUGGCUUUAGCUUUGGGUUUUCGAAUGUUUUGAUUUUGUUUUUAGUUGUGUCUUGUCUCUGUUUUGAUGUAAAGGAAAGUGGUUGUUGAAGAUUUUGCCGCUAGAA